AGUUCAUUAGGUACCGAAUGUAUUUCGUUGUAGCCAACAUAUUGAUUUGUUAUAGAUGAGAAAGACCCUAUUUUUGGAUCAUAGCACCUGAAGCGCCGCAAAAGCAAAAGUGUAAGACCUCUACGUUGCACCGGGCCGCUUGCUUUGCCGCACCUUCGUACAUAAGACCCAGCGUGUUUCUCAGUCCCCCUCUAUACAUACAUACAUACACUUUUGGAUCAUAGUUAGCUCUUACUUAUGUCGCAACAGCUUUAGUUAUAUUUUCCUCAUGGAGAUUUGCAUUUCUUUGGUAAGUAGUGAAAAUCGAAAUUGUUUCUUCGCAUACAACAAAGAGAAUGGCUCUAUUAUCUGGAACACGUCUGCGUGCCUACGUGGUUCGUGUACACCUUUUCCUAGAAAGGAACGUUUUCGCAAAGGGCAUGUGGUUGAGGAAGUGUUGUGUUUGUCGAUAAGGGUUUGUCGAUGAAGACUUCUCCUGACGAUUGAAGAAAGAGUAGGUCAACAACUAUCUUCUCAUCAUCCAUGUAGGGAUUACACCCGUCUACUGUUGACGGGAUACUAUCUCAUCAUCGUCAUGGACGGAGAUUGCUGAUUCCUGAAGACGGGAACUUCUAUCACAGAAGUAAUAUGCAAGUCACCGAGGGGCCAAGCUCCAUCCACCUGGAGGUACUAUGCACUUCGAUGUUGAGAAAGGAGAAGAGCCUCUUCUAGACGAAGCCUACAUCGAUGAAACUAUACCACGAAAUCACAGCAGGCACACGUACUUCCUCCGCUAAGACCUGGCGACCAUUCAUCUGUUCUCCCUGCACGGGUACGAACCACGAGUUUUAACUUCGAACCGAAUCAAGGAGCUUCCAGUGAAUUGCUGAGGAUACAACUCGAAGUCGCUCAUGCUGGGGUCCUCUGCGCCUGGCGCUAGCACCGCCGGGUCCCCCGGCCUUACCGGGGGUGCCUCGAUGGCUUCCAUUGGAACUCAAAAGAUGCCUCUUCCCGGUGAUAGUAUGCAAAUGAACUCAAUCGAAGAUGGGAAGUCGGAGAAGAAGGACGCAAAGGAAACGGUGAUUGCAGUGGCGCCAGCCAAAAAAGUGUACGAUCCCGGAGAGCUAGAAAACGACCCCGAACUCCUGGAAUAUGGUAAAUGGAUGGACUUGCAAAAAAAGGCCCGACAACCGCCAGUGCAAAGCGAAACACAAGCUUUAGUUACGAUCUACUUUGCUCGUGUGAUAGAUAUAAUAGUACUCCUGUGAUGCUGUUAAACUUUUUAAGUUACUACCAGGAGUAGGGGUGCGAUUCAGAAGGUAUAGGUUAAAAAUACUUUCGUAGCGUAGAAAAGCUCCCUUCCCGUACUUCGCCCAUAGAAAAAGUAUAUCCACCACGAUAAGUCUCCAUUCAUGGAUCAUGCGCUUCGCGCAUCUUCUUCUAAAUUAAGGCGCAUAGCGCAAUUAUGCAUGAUUCCCGUGAUGCAUGGUGGGCCAGAUCCCCCAAUAAGGGCCUACGACUACGACCCGAGGAUACACGCGGCACCCCCGAAACAAGAGAAUCCUUGGGAACUUUCUUCGCAGUUGCAUAUCACCCAAGAAAUGGAGGCUAUUCUCAGUGCGCGGGGAGAAAAUACGUACAAAUUAAUUACUAGACCAGAGUAGGGCUAGAGGUAGAGAUGAAUUGUGUAUCUAGUCUGGUAUGCGAAUCAUGUAGACUACUCCAUCGUGUGUCUUCAUCGUUGUAUGUUCGUACAAAUUGACUUUGCAUUUGAAGGACCCUUCGUAGAUCAGGGUCUUCACGCACCUCAUUGUCCCUUGAAAAAUUCGAGUCAAACAGGCUCACCUGGCUCCACAAUCUAACUCAGAUUCUUGAAAGAACGCAAGAACGUAAUAUCUGUUUUGGGCGCCCCUUCUUGCGGAAAGAGUGUACUCCUGAAAUUGCUCUUUUCGUGUAAUCCAGCGAGGCGAGACGGUGAGGAGCCGUGUCGAAUUGCCAAUCAAUACUAUCCAGCUCGCCAAGUAGAGAUGAAGAAGUUCAAAGUCAGAAAGUACUUUCAUAGCAACACGGGCAGAAAAGGAUCAAGGUCGCCUAGUCCCUCUGCGAAAGGUACUUGCUGUUACUUUUGAUUACCUAGAUGUCUAUACCGUCGUUGAAUCUGUUUCGUCUUAGCUCCUAUUACUUGCGACGCGAUAUUAAUGGUUAUCCUCUGAAAAGAAAAUGUAGCGGAGAUGGAGAUUGACGGAAAUCUAGUACAGGAUCAAUUGCCAGGCAGGCACAUCACCAAAGUGAUUCUACUUUCAUUACUUCUAGGAAAUCCCACUUUAUAGUGGAGCUCAUUCUUUCAAAGUACGAUUACGAACGACGUCGUAAUUUUAUAUUCACUCUCCAAACAAAAAAGGUUCAAAAGACGAAAGUGGAAAGGCUGCUUACGACAUAGAGGACAAAUUUUUCUUCCAACGUAGAGAUUUCAAUCGAUUCAAAGAGGCGAAUGGAGAGGACUCUGCGCUGAACAUGCGCCCAACCGAAGGAAUAGAACUACACCACUGGAAAGCGCAUGAAGUCGUCAUUCUUGAUACGGCAGGCAUGAACUUCUUUGAAGGUACAACAAGAACCUGUUGUCACAUCAAGUUUGUCUUAGUCCUCCUCGUGAGGAGGACCUCUCGCUCUGUGCUCUUCUAUUACGAAAAAAUAGCAGUUCCUAAUCAGCUAAAAAUCAAAUCACAUUUUUUGUCUCAACAGAAACGCAGAAAGACCUGGAGGAAAUGGAGAAGAUAACAACUGCGAACCCCCAUGCAGACCCCGGAAAAGAUCGUGCGACUAGAAAGCGGAAGCGAAAGCGUUUGCGUGACCCCGAUGAGAAGAGUGACAUCUGGGAUUCGAGUUACCGCAACUUUUUGUUAAGAAGGCUCCUUUGAUGUUGAUUUUUCACUCAAUAACUAGAUGACAUCAGUAGUGCAUUGUCAGGAAUAGAGUUUUCGGUAUAUAAUGUUCUGUCCCGAGUAGAUGGUCAUUCAGAUAAUUAUAAGAAUAUACAGUCACGAUACUUAGCGCUCUUUCUAAUUUGACCACCACUCUUGUAUGGGAUGAGUGGCAUUCUCCUACUUUGUGUCCCGUACGAGUGCGACUACGUGGAGUACGUUGAGAAUUGUCUGAAAGCAAUCAUCGCCAAAGUGCGGAAUUCGCCACGACCGGGUCUCAUCAUCGUGCGCAUCCGCAAGAAACGAAGCGAAGAUGAUAAGAGGGAUGAGGCAGAAGAGGAGGCGGAGGUGAAGAGAAAGAAGGAAGCGGCAGAGCGCAAAAAAGCACGAAGAGCGGAGCGCGAGCGCUUGAAGGCAGAGAAAGACCGUCUCAAAGCGAGUGCGUCUGGGCUUCUGGGUGGGUCUUCGAUGUUACUUCAGACUGUCGGCAGCUCAUCAAUCCUGCAAGGCGCGGUGACGCAAUCCAAUAGCUCUCAAGCGCAAGAUGGAACGUUCGCAGAAAUGGAGGCCAACACUUCGAAAGUGAACAAUAACUCGACAAGAGCGGGAGCACAGGCUACUGGAUCUUCAAUAAAUAAAGCGCCUGCUCUGGUUCCAGAGCCAAACAAAGGAAAAGCCAAAGCAUCCGAUGAGGCAGGAUCGGCAUCUGGCAGUGACAAUCCACAAGAAGGCGUGGCGGAAACUAGCCAAGGAGGUGAGACUAAAGACCCCACAACAACGACGACGUCACAAAAAAAUCCUAGUGAACAACCUUCGACCGCCUCCGCUGCUGUCGCAGUAGGACAACCAAAGCAAGAGGGCGCAACGCGGGCAAAAAUCAACACCGAUGUGCCUGAGGUAGUAGAAGAAGAGAAUGCAGUUGGGGAUGUCAUGAACGUAACAAUCAAGGCAGCUGGCGCAGUCCUUAGUGGCGGUGAAAAUGACCCUGACGAUGACCGAAGAGAGCUGCGCAAACUGCAGAGGGAACUUUCCAGAGGCGGUCCUGCAAACCGGAGUCUCUUUUUCUCCGACUCCGAUGAGGAGGUACAGAAUAAAAGCGCGCACGAUAGCAGAAUCACAAGGGGCCGGGGCAGCGAGGAAGAGGAAGAAGAGGACGAUGACAUGUUUUCCUCUCGUCGAGGUAAGUCUUCGGUCAUGCGCAAACUGUUCGGGGACGGAGACGGAGAGGAGCACGAUGACGAAACGGACGACGACGCACUCUUUUCAGCACCUGAGAUUAAGGAAACAACAAUCUCAGAAUGCAUUAUUACUACUGAUUUAACCCCACUGAACAGUUUUGUUGUCGUAGUUAUUGAUUUUUGAGCUUCAAAGUUUUGAACUUUUUCCAUAAGACUUUCGUAUCUAUGAAAGUUUCUCAGCGAGGGUUUAUUACUGCCUUAAGCGACUUCAUACGAUACCUCUCCAGAUGCAUUUUCUCAACGAAAAUUUUUCUCUACCACAAUAUGAAUGAACAGAGCUCGUCAGGAAAUGAAUUCGACUAAAAUGGAAUAAAAUCAAAAUUUUUGAUUUUUCAUUCAAAGUAGUUCCGCAGUUUGGAAUUGUGUAAUAGGGUGGGUACAGCCUGUCAAAUUUAAGUGUAAUUAUACAAGAACGCUCUAAUCCUAAGCGAUCCGACGAAGAGACCGGGUUGCACGAGAAUACCCAAAAUUCAGUGGUUUCCUCACUCUUCGCGGACGAUUUUCUCCAGCCACACGAACUAGACAAACUCUUAGGAGAAAAGGCAGAGCUAAAACCUAUUGCGGACGAGAAGUUGGAUUUUCAGUCUACAGAUGUCCCUCCAGAGCUCGUGAAAUACCGACUUUACUUUCACUCCAUCAAAGUGUUCACCUUCGAUAGCUAUCCGAAGCUGACUUUCGACCGCUCACGCCGAUUCAUCAAGACACUGCAAGUGAUGCGCAGGUAAGUCUCUCUACUUCACUGAAGGAAAGGCAAUGCGAACACUCGGUGAUAGAGAUACUGGCAGACAUGAUUCUCAGAGUAAACCUGUUUUGUAACCCAAAGAAAUGCAAAAAGAGGCAUCAAUUUCAAUUGCUUCGAUAGACCUCAUACAUCAAAAUCAUAAACGAGGUACAUUUUCGACUUGAUGGACGACAUGAACGAGCUGAAGCAGGGUCCUGCCGGUCGGCACACCGUGCAGCAGGACGCAGAGUACUCCAUUUGUCUGCCGGUUUGGCACGGGCUUUCCAAUUACCACAUGUUGUACCUGUUGAAAGUGUUGAUCGCGUGGUCCAACUUAAGGUUUCCGCUGUCUAUGGCUCUCGGUGCGGCGUACAUCUCAGCGCACAUUCCUAACGUGCCGAAUCUGAGGCUCGUGAACUUCCAGUGCAUGCGCGCUCUGGUAGCGGAUUUGCUGGCACCGGUGAGCGGCCGCGCGCAGGACUCGCUCUCUUUGCGGUGGACCGCAGCGAUCAGCUCGAUUGCGCGUUACGUAGUGAAGAUGGGCAACACACUGCGAGACCAGGACUACUGGCUACUGCAGAACGAGCUGAUGCAGUGGCUUCCAUGUGCUGCGACGGCUAAGAACCCGCUAACAGGCGAUACGGUCACAUGUUCGCAACCGCGGGCGUUGCACGGCAUGGUGCACCGCUGUGACAAGACAGGCUGCGUCUGGGAGGGAGAGUACGUUACACCAAAAUGGACUUUCAACCCGAUUGAGCAAGCGGUAGAACUCUUGGCGGCCUACGAGAGUGUGGUACUUACUUGUUAAUGUCGCGUCAAGUAUUGACGUUUCAUAUUGUUUGAAGAUCAUUCCGAUUGAACUCAUUUGGGAUACAGUGAUAUCAUUGAGGGGGCGGUUUAUUAUCCACAUCUACUUCUAGUCAGAUCUAUGUAUAACUGCUCCCAGCGUGAUCUUCAGAAUAGGUACAAGAAUUGCAUAAUGAUUCUUCAAAUUUAUUCAGGUGCGAGCUCCGGAGAAGCUGUCGCAAACAGAAGCAAAUCUUCCCCCGCACGAGCGACCGGACAAGAAGGAUGAGGCCUUCUUUGAGCGGACCGCGAAUACAGGCGGUUUUGAUCUGUUUUCUGACCGCGUGAGCGACAAGUAUGGGCCGCCUUUUUGCGCUCUGUGCUUCCGCGUGCUGAUGCGACCGGAGGAGGACCUGCGAGAACUGAAUCGUGACCGCAACAAGGAACAGCUGCUGGCAACCGCCCUGCACCGGAAGGCGGAAAUUCAAGCAGAGGAGGAGCGACAGAGGAAGGAGGCGGAAGAGCGAAAGCGCAUGGCCAAAGAAGCACGAGACCGCGUUCGUAAAAAAGCCCUCGGAGCGGCUGAUGGUGCAACCGGCAUCAUGAACUUGACACAGUACAUGAUGAAAAUUGGGGCGGACGGGAAAGCCGCGAAAGAAGCAGCGCAGCGGCAAGCAGCGCUUGAUCGCAUCAACAAGAAAAAGAAGAAGCCCGCCGCGGGCAGCGGGCCAGAAGGAUCAGCCGCAGACACAAGCAGUCCUGGUGGAAUGGGUAAGGGUAUUCCAGCUGUCACCAGCCCCAAUCGGAACUCCAGUCCAGACGCUGCCUCAGGCACCGCGGCAAGUCCAGAAGGAGGAAAUCGAGAGGGAAGUGUUAGUCGUCCAGCCACCGAUGUUGCAGGAGGAAAUGAUGAGCAGGUAGGAGAGACGCCUAGCGUAGGACUGUUCGGCAAAAGCGCGGUUGGACGGGCACGCGCUGUGGGAGACAGUGCGGCCAAAGCCUUCAAGAAGAUGGCGUCGGGUUUCGGGUCUGCUAUAGGGGGAUCUGGAGGCCGCACCGGAUCAGCGGGAAGUGGUGGUAGUGAAGCAAUGUCACCGGAGAUGCUCAAGUACCAGGAGGGACUGCGCGCUCGCGCCUCCGCCAGGCAAGCGAGACGGAAACAGGACUUACAAAAGAUGUACCCAGAAUUAGACUGUUUCGGCGAGCGUGCCGCACAAGAAGCUUUGGAAGCCGUAGUCUCCGAGGAGUCGGAAGAAGAAGUUGUGGCUCCGCGUAAGUACGCAUUCAUGACGCGCAACGCGAGCUUUUCGCCACCGAAAAAGACCUCCACACGGAAGCGCGGUGUUCACGACAACGUCGGUGGUGAGCCAUGUUCUUCAGGUGCGAAAACGCACGCUACCGGGUCACUGAGCGCCAGCAAAACGAAAAUCAAGUUUAAGACGCCAAGCAAGACGAGUCUCGUGUCAGCCGGUGCAGCGGACCAGCCCACUAUUAGCCUCACUGCACCAGGCGCGCAGCAGCGGAAAGACGGACGCGAGAUUGGUUCGCCACAGGGGGGCUCCGUCGCCGAAUCAAACUUCCCAUUAUCGCGGUCGAGCUCGAAAAUGGAUGAGCAAAUGGUAAAUGGGACACAGAAACCUCAGCAACUCAGCGCAAUCAAGCCAGCACGCCAGUCAGGCGCCAGCAGCCCAUCGCUGUUUGGGGGUUCCCCGGAGGAGGGUCUCGGUGGACCGCAGCUUCCACUUGCAGCAGCCGAUCUUAGCGCGGAGCUUCCGGAUAUAGGCGCUGCCUUCUCGCAGCACAAGUGGUACUUGUCCAAGCAGGGCAAUGCUCGCGCCGAAAAGCGCGCGGCCGAGGCCCGCGUGGAGAUGGACUACCAUUUAGGUGAAAUCUACGACAAAAACGGAUAUGCGCAGGACUUGAAGACGCUGACGGAAGCCGACGACAAACUGAGUCCCAAGGUGUAUUCUUCGGGUCUCUCGCAAGUGUAUUUGUCUCACGAGAAUGUACGCCGGCAGAACUUCGACGCCAAGCUAACCAGCUUCAACAAGGAGGUUUACCUCAAAGAGCACUCUAAACCAGUGGCAGAGCGCUUUGCGGAGAUCGCGCAUCGCGCACCGCCCAUGCGCGAUAACCGCGGCGCGCUGGUCAUUCCACCCGUCGUUGCUGAGGACAGUCUAGAGAGUGCAAUUCUGGCGGGUGUGGACGUAGAAGGCAUCAACCGAGAGCUCUACAUGAAGGACUCCCGCAACGGGUUUAACCGGGAUCAGCUAGAGUGGAUAGAACAGACCUUUCGGAACACCAGUAGCCGGUACAUCCGCUUCUGUCCAGACUGCUUUGGCGGCUACAAGCGACAUUACAGACAGAGAGGCGUGCCCGAUCCGAACAAAUAUGAGGAAAACUAUCAGGCACCAGAAGAGGUACUGAACUUCUUUUACUGUAGAUAAACGCCAUGGUGAUGAUAGUAAUUGGUUCUGAAAGGUAGAAGUAGCACUCGCAGUUGGACUCAUAAGGAGGGUGACUAGCGAGAUUCAUCCUGUGGUUAGUAAGUAAAAGUACUUUUGUUUGGAGGUGGACAUGAAACAGAAAUUCCAAUUUGCUAUCAUCUCUAGGAGCCGAUUUUGUUUGAGCCGAUUCCGUUCAGGAAUACCCGUGGUCAUUUCGCGCGCCACCCGUACACUGGUGAGUUCGAAGCGUACUGUGAGCCGUGUCCGGUGAAAAACAUUCCGGGGAAGCGAGAAAACUAUCCUCUGACACGGCCGUACCUGUUCGAGCGCAAGGGCAGCAUCCAGGACAUAGUGAUUCCUGGCGGCCGCCGAGAACCUUUCCGGGUGACGAUGUACCAACCUUUGGCGAUUCCGCCAAUUGUGAUCGAGCAGAACCGCAAGUGCUGUCCCUUGUGCGGCAAGAAGAAUGAAAACUUUGCGUUGGUGCAGCCCUGCUUUCACCGUUUCUGUCUUUAAGGCUACCGCUGAAGCAUCCUCAAUGCCAUCCUUCCUUGGCCCCUUUUUCGAAGUACUUGAAAACGAAGCCAAGUAGGAUGGUGUCAGUGAUGCAAACUUGGCAGCUCUAAUGUGUCGAAUGCAUCCUGGAUUGGACCGACUUUUGCCACGAUUUCUCCGAAGUUCUGGCAAACUACCCACUCGGGAUGCCAGCCGGGACAUUUAUGGGACGGAUCGCGGACGUCACGAAGCAGUAUCACUACGAAAACGGUGUUGACCCCAAGCGGAAGGCACAGGGUGUCGUCCAAGAAUUAAGGCCUCCAAAAAUCCAUCUUGUUCGCAAGCAUCCUGAGACCUUUUUCAAGGGGGAAAGGGGGCGUGGAUGCAUUUCAAGAUGGAUACAUAGAAGGUCUAAAAGAAGCGGCGGCGUCGGUGUCGCGUAGAAAUACGCAAUCCAUGUCGAGGCAACAGACCACUGCCAAUUUGCCGAACUCGGGAAGACCUCUUAGUCAGGACAGCAAAAAUAGCGCAACGGGUAAAAAAAGCACGAGCCGUGAGGGGCGGCCGAGCAGUCGGGGGCAAGUGAGUGCUGGUGGGGCACCGUCGCAAACGAGCGAAGCAGUACCCUUGCUAGUAGAAGGAAAUCACGAAGCUCCAGGCGACCUUAUUUGUGAAGAAGUUUACGAUCUACGAGAAGGCCGGCAUAAGAGCCCACCUGCUAGAGGAAGAGAGAAAAACGGCGCUUCUUCACCCGGCUCCGUAAGCCCAAGGAACGGUUCCAGCAGUCGCAAACCGAAACGCAAGAGGUCCAUGACCCGCAAUAAAGAAGUUAAGGAUAGUACUGUUUCAUCUGUGGUCACUGAGUAACACUAGAAAUUCGAACGAGAACUCAGCGGAGAACGAGAAGAUUCGGGCAAGCCGUAGAUCAUGUAAAGCUCCUUUCGCGCAUGUUCCAAAAUAAUAGAUACGUAGAAAUACUUAUAACGGCAAAAGAGAACAACUUACUACGGCGUCUAAUAGAUAUGAUCCGCAGCGGGACGUUCGAGAACUGACACCAGAGAGUUAUGCGGAGUUGCUGGCGUAUAAGAUGCCCGCGCCAAAGAAAAAGAAGUCCAGACCGCCGCCAAUUUACUCAGUGACGAACCGGGAGAAUGAGGAUGGCUUCGUGCCGACUGGAAGGCCCAAUGCGGCGAAACUCGGUGUCACCGGAAACGACUUGAAGCCGAAAAAGUGGUGCCCCGUUUGUCGCGAGCACAUCCAGCGAGUCGUGAUUCUGGAUGCACUGUAUGUCUCCAUUGGGGAUGGCAUCGUGGACAUCGAGGACUGGGCCAGGGGGCAGGGCUUUACCCCGUUCCCAGCGCAGCAACAGGAGGCGCCGGCUCUCAAGAUGCACAUCAACUACCCGACUUUCGAUAACGAUGCGAAGAAAGCGCAGUGGUACUUCCUCCAGCAUGCUAAGGGUUACCGCGCGAUGCGCAAGCUGAAAAUCAAAUCGAAGAUGAAAAAGGCGGAUCCGAAUGCAGCCGCUGGAAGCAUGAUGAAUGACGAUUUCGGGGACGAAGACUAGCUCUCGAGUUAGAAGUUGUAGUAGCUAUAACAUAACAAAGGUUUUUUAUGUUACUUACGGGUUGGAGUUCUGACGAUUCAUCAGCAAGCUAACAUGUACAUAGAUAAUCACGUAGUAUUUGAUGUACUAUUUUUCUAGUUGUGCAUGCUUUUUCUGAGUGGUCACCAUAUUUUGCUUCUGCGUGCGUCGUAAGCAGCAAGCUAGCCGUGAGCUUCAAGUGCAAUGUUUUUUGGUCACAUUUUUUCAUCUUUCAUGAACCGUGUGAGUGUAGGUCAUGUUACUAGUUUGUCAUUCUCAUUUCUGUCUUUCUGCGUUUGUAGUCUGUCGUGUAGUUUUGCAUUUGUAAUAUGUUACCCUGCAAUGGAUACUGAUAAUGUCUGCUUAUGCUAGUUUUCUGCGGUGAUUUCUGGCUCUGCUUGUGGUCGUGUGCCGUUUCUGUUACUGUUAACCAUAGUGAAUGCGUAUAAUGAAUGUUAGAAUUGUCAUUGAAUUCAUUUAGUGGCCUUGUUAUUCACAUCCUCGGUUGGAAUUUUUGCAGCUUGUUGUCAUAAUUAUUGUCAUGAGCUAGUAGGUUAGCUCUAGUGAAUGUUGUAACUAAUCUAUCAUAACAGGAUAAAGAUUAAAGUUUCCUUUUGUCGUCACAUUACUCCGUCUGUUAGCACCGAGGGACUUACCAAUUUCUUUGUUCUUCUUUCUAUUAGCACUGGGUGAUCAUGAUUGAAAUGAAGAGAACGCAAACACGAAUGUCAUGAUUGAUCUUGUCCCGAAGUACAAUUUUGCGUAGUUUCUUGUGUGAAACAGUAAAGAGUUCAACGUCCUCGUCUACUCCUGCUGCUCGGCGCACGGCGGUACAGGCUCCGAGAGUCGACGCACUGGUGUGGUGCUUGUGGUAAUACUGUUCUCUCAGAUUGAUAGUGCCUCAGCUGCAAGGUUGGAGCUGCUGAAUAAACUCGUCCUCGCGUCUACGUUCAAGCAUGUUGCGGUCCGUCACUAUCGUUAAGGCUACGCAUCGCUAGAGCAUCCGCGACAACUUGAAAAACUGUCAGCGGCGUGAAGAAGACGAAUGCGGGUGUAAGUGAUGUCGCCGUGUUUUUACAAUCGCACGGGUCGCAGGGUUUCGCAGGUUAGGGAUUGGGGAGGCGUAAUGUGCGAGUCCGGAAUCUUCUAUGUUUCAUCACUCAUUGCCGUUGCAACUUCUUCCAUCCUGAACUUUCCCAGCACAAUCUUUUUUAGCAGAUAUAAAAGGAUCCAUAUUUUUCUAGCGAAGACCCUUGUUCUGUAUUUUGGAAUUUUGAUUCAGGAUUUUGUGUUUUGGAAUUCAGGUACUUUCUUAGGAUGAAUCAUCAUCUUCAUACAGC